AUGACAACGGACUACAGCUUACCGGAUGAUGAUUAUUCUACGGAACGAUUAGCGCCAAAAAAUGUUUCAAAUGGUGCUGGUACUAGUCGUAAAUUACCAUCAAUACCUCCUAUUGUUGAAACAAGACCAGACAAUGAAUUAGAAAAAGUUACAAGGAAAAAUUCGACUGUAAGACUCGAUCGUCGUAGAACAUUAAUCGAUGAACAAGAUGCUACUAAACGACGAUCAUUAAGUUUAAUUGAUAAUAGAAGAAAAUCCGUUUCACCUAAUGGAAGAUUUUCUGUUAAUAACUCGCCUGUUUUAUAUCAUACAAUGAAACAUAAUCGAAUAAGUAAAAUUAGUACUGACAGUGUCGAUAAUGAUUCUACAUCAGUAACAAGUGAAUGUGGUAGUGGUAAUUCAAAUAAUACAUUAAUAUCAGGUGCAUUAGAAGUUCGAUUGAAAUAUGAUGUUAAAACAAGUAAAAUGUGGGUAUUUGUUAUUAAAGCAAAUUUUGAAACAAUAAAAAAAUUUUCAAAACAAACAUUAGUACAAAUUCAUUUAACCGUUUUACCUAAUAAACGUAUUCGUUUUCGAACAAGAUCAAAACAAUGGGAAGAUGCAAUGUUUGCAGAAGAAUUUUUUUGUAAAGUUUCACCAGAAACAAUGCAAAAUCAAGGUAUACGUUUUCGUUUAUAUGUCAAUGAACGUUUAAAACGACAACGACUACUUGGAGAAGCAACUGUUAUGUUUGGAUUAACUAAUCUUGAAGAAGAUAUGUGUAAAUUGAUAACAUUUGAACCCAAGUCAAUGUUGUAUAUACCAGAAGAAUCCGAUUCAGGUACUGGUGUUCAUAGUCCACCAAGUGGUCAAUCGCUUCGUCGAAAUUCAUCUACAGCAUCACAAUCUCAAAAUGCUGAAAUCGAAUUGGGUUUAGCGUAUGAUCGAACACAAAGUUAUCUCAUUGUAGAAAUUGGAAGAGGUAUCAAUUUUGGUAUUAAAACACAAGGCAGAGCACCAGAUACUUGUGCUAAAAUUAGUCUUCUAAAUUUGAAUGGCGAUGAAAUGAUAUCAAAUCGUACUGUUACAAGGCGAUGUCAAUAUCAUCCAGUAUUUGCUGAACGAUAUUCAUUUAAUAUUCAAGAAAGUUCAUUAGAUACAGUAACAUUAUUAAUAACAAUAUUGAAUAAGAAAAAUAUUCGAAAAAGUGAACCACUUGGAUGGAUUGCAUUUGGUCAGGAUGUGAAUGGAGAUCUUCAAAUGGCUCAUUGGGAUUCGAUGCGUAAUGCUAAUGGUGAAACAAUAACAAGAUGGCAUACUUUAUUAGAAAGUUGA